AUGCUCGCCGCCACCACCGCCUCCCUCCCCGCGCCGCUCCGCCGCUCACCGCGCGCAACCUCCCUCGGUGCCUCCCAUGGAUGCGAGGCUGGGGCCCGCUCUCUCCACCCGCGGCCCCGCGGCCGGCGGACCCUAGCCUGCCGGGCGGAGCUGCAGCAGGACGCGCCGUUCGUGGCCGCCAUCGGCGCCUGCGUGCUCGCGUCCCUCGCGCUCCCGCCGCCCAGGGUCCGAGGAGAGGCGGCGGAAGAGGAGGACGACGACGGGGAGUUCGGCGCGACGGACACGAGGAUGGGCGUGAUGGCCAUCAUCUCCUUCCUGCCUUACUUCAACUGGCUGAGCUGGGUCUUCGCGUGGCUGGACAGCGGCAGGAAGCUGUAUCUGCUCUACGCGGCCGUCUAUUUGGCUCCUUACCUUAGAACGAACUUAUCGCUCUCCCCUGAUGAGAGCUGGUUGCCUAUUGCCAGCAUCUUCAUCUGCAUCUUACAUGUUCAGCUAGAAGCAGGCAUCAGGAAUGGUGAUAUUGAGGGCUUCAUGUUCUUUCAAAAAGCACAGAAUCUUCUCUUUCCCAAUGCUAUGAAGGAAAUGGAUGGCCACCGUGCAAACAAGAGAGAAUCUCUCAGAAUGGGACAUCGGGGCAACUCAAGAAUACCUUCAGCUCACGAGUCCAGAGAGAAGCUUCGCAAUUCAGAUAUCUUCAAGAAAAGACUUGAUGAGCCUGACGAGAAACAAAAGAAAUCAGACUGGCAUUGA